GCAGUUUCCGAGUCCACCUCGACGCCGCCGCCGUCGCAAACCAUAAAAAACACCCCCCACUACCCACCCCAGGUCCCCAAACACCACCUCUCCGGUCUCCGACGGAGAGACGCAGGGGUUAGCAGGGGGUUGUCGGGGGCGGCGAUGGGGGAGUACGCGGCGGCCAAGACGGCGGUGUGGUGGGACAUCGAGAACUGCGCCGUCCCCCGCAACUGCGACCCCCACCUCAUCGUCCAGAACAUGAGCUCCGCCCUCGCCACCGCCGGCUACGUCGGCCCCAUCUCCGUCUCCGCCUACGGCGACACCAGCGGCAUCGCCCACAACGUCCAGCACGCCCUCUCCAGCACCGGCGUCUCCCUCCACCACGUCCCCGCCGGCAUUAAAGAUGCAAGUGAUAAGAAGAUCUUGGUUGACAUGCUGUUCUGGGCUAUUGACAACCCUCCGCCAGCGAAUUAUCUGCUAAUCUCUGGUGAUCGGGAUUUCUCUAAUGCCCUUCAUAAGCUUAAGAUGAGGCGGUACAAUAUUCUUUUAGCACAACCUCCAAAUGUGUCUCAAACGCUUACUGCUGCAGCAAAGAGUGUUUGGCUCUGGAGAAGCCUUGUGGCUGGAGAACCACCAUUAGCAGUGUCACCAUACAUAAGCAGCGCAUCAAGUGGCAAUAAGGAUGAUUUGGAUACGUCAAGGAACACUGUUCCAAAUUCUUCAGCAGCAGCACAAGAUACUAACCCUCAAGUGCAGAAUUCUUCUCAGCGUGAUUAUCAAAAUGGUGGUAAUGGGAAGGUAGAUAAGCAAUCCAAAGUGAAGCAACCUCGAAAAAAUCAGACAGACAAUGCAUCUAAACCAGCAGGCAAAAAGGAAAAUUCAGUUGAUGGAGUUGCUGAUAAUUCCAAAGGAAGCACUGCUAACCAACCAAGUCAGCCUUCUACACCAUCAUCAAGUUCUUCAUCUAGUCCUGAACGCCAGAAUAGGGCAAAGGUGAACCAGACAAGUAUACCUAAAAACCCACCCCUUUUCCUGCCUAAAAAGCCUGCAAAACCCACUAAUUCCCAUCAAAAGAGUGUUCCUCAUGACUAUUUUGGUAGUAAGAAGUCUGGUGUGUCAACUGAAUCUGCACAGAAAAAUGGUGCUCCUGAUUCUGGCAAUGGUAGUGCCCAUAAUCAUUCAAAACACCAUAACCAAUCCUCUCAGCCGCCAAGACCACAUAAUCCAGUGACUCCUCGUCCUCACAAUGGACCUGGUAAUUUCCACACAUCAAAUUUACAUAGAAGUAGUUCAUGUCCACCACAAGCUCCACAAGGUGGGCAUACUGGUGUUCCCACGUCACCAUUGCAGUCCUGGCCAAGUGCUCCUCCUCCCCCCUAUCAUGUCCCGCCAGUUAAUUAUCCUGAUAUGAGUCGGCUGAAUAUUUCUGGAUACCCAAUAGGGGCUCAUGACAACCAAGGUUCAAACGUCAGCUACCAUCCAAACUAUUCUGGUGCUGUUCAGCCUCCUUACAAUAAUUAUAGUUACAGACAUCCAACUCCACCUAAUAUAUCCAGCAACAUGCAAAAUGCUGGACAAUGGGGUGCAAACACUGGAUGUUCGCAGCCAUCUUCUGACUCUCAAAUUCUUAUAAGAAAUAUCUUAAGUGCUUUGGAAGUACUGAAGACUGAGAAGCUUGCACCAACCGAACAGCAUAUAUCAGAUUGCGUGCGUUAUGGAGGUGCUAAUCUACCACAAUUUGAUGUUAAGAAGGCUCUUGAAGUUGCCAUUCAGCAUCAAGCCAUCGUAACGAAAAAGUUAGGACUUGUGUCAUUCUUUCUGGGAAAAGGUGAAAAUCUCUGGAAAUGCGUGAAUAUAAUGGAUACCAAUGCUAGGCACUCAAAAGAGACUCUAGAUACUGUUCAUAGGUACAUAUCUACCGCCCCUGGAUGCUCUGCGAUAAAGAACUCCCAAUCAAGGUAUCACGCUGCAACUCUCUUGAAGAAAACAUGCUUGAAACGUCUUUCCCUUGGUGAAGUUCUUCAAGUUUUGUAUAUCGCAACCGAUAAAAUGAAGUGGUUUGUUCCUCACUCUUCAGGCUGGCAGCCUCUAUCAUGGAACGUGACAGUGGCUGAUACUGCUCCAGAUGCUAGUGGAAAAUCCUAGCCUGGCUACAUUUCUCUAAUCAUAUCGGGUGGACAAUUUGAGAUGUGGUAGUUGGUACAAACCCUCGAGAGGCUGUGGUCUGGUGAGGUUAGAACUAAUAUGGUGGCCCAGUCUACGUUUUGCCAAUAUUUCCGUUUCAGAAUGAUUAUCGCGGGUAGUUUAAACUUGGUGUAUGAGCUCAGGUUUCACUAUUAUUACUAGAAUGGUACUUCUGUCAGUUAGUUUUUGCAAUUCGAAGACAUGGAGGGAUACAGAAGGUUCAUGAUCUUUUGUUCAGGUAGUGACCUGAUUUUAGAGGUUAUGAUCUGUUCUUCCCCAAGUGGGCGUAAGGCAUACCAGGAGUUGAUUUCGAGCUAGCCUGCCGUGGUGGCUCCUGAAGCAGUUGCUAUCCAAGGUGCUCAACGAAGCACCAGCAUAGAAGCUCACUUGUAAGUCUUAAAAUGCAUGGAUUGUUAGAUCUUGUGGGUGGUUCGAUUAACAAUCUUGUACUGGGAACUUAAUCAAAAGCUACCAUUGCUAUGGCUCCUGGCACAUGGCAAUAGUCUGAAGAUUGCAUUUAAAAUAUGCCUUCAGCAUAGUUUGCCUUGCCAAACUUGUCAUGCUGUGUGUAGAUACUGUCCCGGUGCUUGCCAAACUUGUCAUUUGAAAUGCCUUAAGCAUAGUUAACUCCAUGGCAUCCUUUUGUUGCCUUUCCCUGCUGAGGAAAGGUUGGGAGUCAUCCCAUACAUUGGGAUGCUGGGGUGCCUUGUAAUAACCAUGAUGACAAUUACCUUCUGUGGUCAAUGUAAAUUAUCUUUAGUUUUUGCUUCUGCUA